AUCCGCCCUCUUUAGGAUUCAGGUUCGGCCUUUUUCGGGUCUUUAAACACACAUCAAACUACCAUCCGAAUGGUGCGCUACUGAACAACGAAAAAAUCCCUAAAACAUAUGAAAGUGCUUGGAAAAAGGGGACAUCUCUUACCGCCGGCGUGCUCCUCUCAUCCCCUCAUAUGAGUUGUCUUGAAAGAGGGCAGAGUAGCACGGGCAGCAUCUCCUCUUCCUAUCCGCCGUAGCUUCUGGGAGCGCACAGCACAGUGCAGCGCUCUGCAUAACCAGCCGUGAGCCAUGACUCUGAGCUCCGAGAUGUCGGAUGCCUCCAUCCUUUCGGAAGAGACCGACAUCGACGUGGUCGGCGAGGGGGAGGAUGGGGACAGCCAGACGCGCUCCUACGUAGACGAGGUGGCGCAGAUGCACGAUGAUCUCCUGGCUGGCUCCCCGCCAUGCCUAGACAUCUCCUCGUCCCGGGAUCCGUACAAACCAGCCAGUAAGAACAUCCUGGUGAAGCCCCCAUACUCCUACAUCGCCUUAAUCACCAUGUCCAUUCUCCAGAGCCCCAAGAAGCGGCUCACCCUCAGCGAGAUCUGUGAUUUCAUCAGCAACCGUUUCCCGUACUACCGGGAAAAGUUCCCCGCGUGGCAGAACUCGAUCCGACACAACUUGUCCCUAAACGACUGUUUCGUCAAGAUACCGAGGGAACCAGGAAACCCCGGGAAGGGGAACUACUGGACCCUAGAUCCGGAGUCCGCCGAUAUGUUCGACAACGGUAGCUUUCUGAGACGACGGAAACGCUUCAAACGACAGCAGCAGCAGGACUUGCUGCGGGAGCAUAACAGUUUUAUCCCCGCUGCUGCGUACGGCUAUGGACCUUACGGCUGCGGCUACGGUAUCCAGCUGCAGUCCUACCACACACACUCUGCGCUUUUCGCGUUUCAGCAGCAGCAACAGUCCAGGCAUUCACACACUGGGACCAUUAUCUCGGCACCGUCCUUGCCCACCUCCAGUGACUUAGCGAGGAGCAGGUUCUUACCCCAGCUCAGUCCCAGCCUGGUUUCACCUAUACACACUGCAGCCAAGUCCAGCUCGCCUGUCCAGCGCUCUACCUUCUCCAUAGAGAGUAUCAUUGGGAGUUCGCUGAGCCCUGCGCACUCUCACUGUGCUUCGCGGACUUCUACUGUUGUUCCAAUGUUAUCGUCUUCCCUCGCGCCACAGUCGCCCAACCAGCCGCUGAGUAUGCACCCAGGAACUGUUUUACACAUGGUCGAGAACUUUCCCAACAUAAUUCUGAACGGUACUAGUGGCUGUUAAUUUCUAUAAACUAACUUCCAAGUUUUCAAGAAACACAAACAAAAACGCCCCCUCUUUGAAGGUAGGAUUAUUUUUGUAUGUUUUUUGGUAACACGCCGCUGAAUGAUGGACAUUAACACAAUUCGUGCCAAUUCAUUCUGUAAAAAGAUAUUAGGCUAUAUUUAUGUUAAUACGAUUUUAGUGUCAAUCUAAUUUUCUCGCCACGAACUUUCAUUGUUUAUAAAGUGAUUCAUUUAAGUCUAGGGCGUCUCAGGAUAUCGACUUAAUGAAAGGUUAUACAUGAUCACGUCUCAAACAAUGUAUAUUGUGUCAAACACACACAUGUUUUUUAGUUUGGCAAAAAACAUUUUUUUUACUGUUUUGAUUUGUGCUUUGUAUUUAAAAGACACAAAGAUGAAGGUCAUUCAUUUAUAUGCAGUGUGUGCUUAUUUCAGUAAUAAAACAUUGUACAUUCUUUGGCAAGUAUUGUAUAAUCGGAGUGUGAUUUUUUUACACGGUUUGUUUUUCAAUGAGAAUAAAUAUUGUUUUACAAAAAAAAGA